CCUGUCAUGGGGCGGGUGGAGGAGGCGGUGGCUGAGCGGGGAGGUGCCUGGGGCAGCCUCCAGGGUCCGCUCUACCAUUCCUGAACUGGUCCGGGUCCCCGUGACCGCAGCUUCGGGGAAGCGAACUGUUAGGCUUGAAGGAGGAGGCAGUAAAAGCCAUAUCCCCUUCUUCCCCGGGGCGGGGGCCGGGCCUGGCCCGCUGAGGAGGGGGAGGGCCGGGAGGGCGCCGGGCCGGGCCGGCCUGUCUACGGAGAUGGAUGACAGCAAGGUGGUUGGAGGUAAAGUGAAGAAGCCUGGUAAGCGAGGGCGGAAGCCAGCCAAAAUCGACUUGAAAGCAAAACUUGAGCGGAGCCGGCAGAGUGCGAGAGAAUGCCGGGCGAGGAAAAAGCUGAGAUACCAGUACUUGGAGGAGUUGGUGUCCAGUCGGGAAAGAGCUAUCUGUGCGCUCCGAGAGGAACUGGAAAUGUACAAGCAAUGGUGCAUGGCAAUGGACCAAGGGAAAAUCCCUUCGGAAAUAAGGGCCCUACUCACUGGAGAGGAGCAGAACAAGUCUCAGCAGACCUCAAGCAGGCAUCCCAAAGCUGGGAAGACAGACGCUAACACCAAUUCCUUGCUCGGGAAUUGAACUCAUGGCUUCAGAUAUGCUAGGGUGAAGAUCAUUUAAAUGCAGUCAGUGAUCAAAUCCAAAGGUCUAAUGUCUGUGGAGGACGAAUGGACAGGACUUUGCUUCUUGGCUCCAUUUCCCACUUACUGCUCAGUAGGCAUCUCUGUAAACCCGAGUUUAUACCAAAAUGUGUGAUCACACAUCACACAGCUCCAUUCGCAGUACUUAGAUUUGCCAACAUUCAGACCUGCUCUGUAUUGCUCUCCAUGGAGGCUAAUAAGUUCCGAUGCCUGAAACCAUGGAAACAGAGGAAAGUGAUGAAAGCACAUAUUUGCACCUUAGCCCCUAUGGCUUUUUUGGUUAAUUUAUAUUUUUCCUACGUAAUUCAUGGAUUUGUUUGUAUGUGUGUUGAGUUGUCACUUCUUUUCAUGUUUUUAAUCACCCUACAAAAAAAUACCAAAUAGGCUGUUUGUUUCCUGUGGUUCUCAGUCUUUAUGGACCCAAUAUUACUCCUUUCUAUGUACUUGAGUAAUGUUUGAUUGUCUGCGAGCCAUUCCAGCAUAAGCUGUGAGUAUGUAUUGAUAGAUAUAUACAUUUCUAUUUUUAUAACCCAUAGUGAUAUGCCUAUUUUGAAGAAUGUGCAUAACAAAACCCAACAACAAAGCUCCCAGACAGCCUCUUUUUGCUGUUUCCUCAGACUGUAUUUAUGAAAGUUGGCUAGGGCCAAAUCCGUACUUGGAGGCUAAUUAGCCUUGUUUUAUUUUUAGAUAAGAUGUAGCCUUUCAGUAGCAUUCAUUCUCUUAACCUGCAGUCUGUGUGUGCACACGGUCCCUGCUGUGCGCCUACAUGUACACGUUUGCCUGUGCACUCAACUGAGGCGUGGAAGUCUUCUGAAGAACACAGGAUGAAAGUCGCUGCUGAGACUGGGUGUCUGCCUUCCUGUGUAACAGCAGGCCACACCGCUGGUGACGCUAUGGCUGUUGCUGUGGCAGAAUACUCAGUUCUUCUCUGACAUGAGUGUCCUUAUGAAUGUGUUCUGAGCCAGCCAAAGAGCCCACUGUGUGCUCGCACCUGCUUCAGCCUGGGCCUCCACUGUGGUUGGGCAUCCUGAGCUGCACCCUGCACUACAGCCCAGGGCCUGGCAGGUGUGUGGAAUGGCAGGUGGCUCUGUAUGGUGCCCAUCACACUUACCUGACAGGGAGUGAUGGCGAGGGGCAGAGCUCACAGUAGGAAGUACUCAGAGAGACAAGAAAUCUCUACACUCUCUUCUCUUGCUAGUUCAGAUGUGUUCUCUGUUGCUGCUAAUUAUAGUUGUUCCUCACUCUGCUGAAGGAGGAAUUUGGUUUCCCAAAAUGAAGUGUUUGCUAUAGACUGGCAGUUGAAGAGGAGGUUUUGUAGUCAUUAGGCAUGUCUGACCUUUUGACAUUGUGACUUGAAGCCUGAGAACUGAAUGUGUUAAGUGAGUUUACAGUUUUGUGCUGGGCCACAUUCCUAGCUAUACUGAGGCAUGUAUGGCCUGCAAGCUGUGGUUCAAACAUGCCGGUUGUCUGUGAGGUAGAACAUGAGAUGGACUGUGUGAUCUCUUGGCAGGCAUUUAAACAGAUGCCUCCCUUUGCCUGGACAUCCCUUGAGCUCAGGCUCUGAACUUAGAUCUCCGUGCUACAUAUGUGUGACCACCAGCAGACCACUAGCCCAGCUUGCUGGGGUUAUCUGUGUUUAAGAAAAAUGGGCAUUUAAGGAUAUUUAAUGUCCUCUUAGGACCAUAAAUGUAGUCAAAGGAUUGUUGCUAUUCUGGCCCUUCAGAAUUUAAGUGUUUUUGAUACAGUGUUCAGGCUGUAACCCAUGUUUCUGCCAGCUGGGCUACUCAGUCAUCUACUUUACUCUGCAGAACAGCCUAUGACUUUAUGUUGCUUUAGUCACUACCUUUUGAAUUCUCCAGAAAAAUUGUUUUCAAAGCAAACAUUCCAGGAUGAAUGUGGCUCCUCAGCGGAAUGUCUGCGCUGUGCUUGAAGACUCUGCAGGUUUUAGCUGUAACUGCAGGGUCGUCCCCAAGUAGAGGAGGUGGACUUUGGAGUGACAGUUGAUUAUACCUUCAGUUUAUUCAUGUGCCUGGCUCUCUCUAGUGUUUUGGACUUAUCAAAACAACCAAGAUAAUGGCCCUUGGUGUUUGAAGGGGAUCGUCCCUGAUUACAACAGCUGUAGCAUUUCUACUCCCAUCCAGCGGGGCACUGUAGGCUAACUGCACUUUCUUCCCAGAGGAGAGCAGGCUGGGAAGUCAGAGGCCUAGGCCAUUAUCCAGGCAGGCAGAGGCCAUGUGCUUCCAUCAACAGAGCUGUUCUCCUUUUUCUUUUUAUCCACAGAUAAGGAGAAAAUAUAUGUGCAUUCACACCAACCCAACUCUGUCACUCUAGCACCCUCUUUUCAUAUAUUGGAGCAACUGUGCAAUAUGGAAUUGAUUUGGUCAGGUCAACUUUUAGGCCAUAUGUGAAAUUCUUACUUGUUUUCUAUCUUAUCUAAAAUGUCCCUGCGAUGCCGGAAUCAGAACCUCAGUGCAGCAAUCUCUGUCAGUCGUUGCCUUGUGGACAGCACUCAGCAUCACCAUCUAGAAUUAAUUAUCUAUGACCUGUGAUGGGUCUGCUUUGGCUGGUUAUAGAAAAUACAGGUUUUUACUUUUACUUCACUUUUAGUUAAAGGCAAGUAAAAUUAACAAAAAUAGCUAGUAUGUUUCACAGAAACCGGCCGCAGGUUAUUACAUAGACAUUUUUGCUUUUUUAAAGAUGAGAGAUGAUUAAGCCACAUGGUAUUUGAGGGCAAUGAAGGAUAUGUUUUUCCUCAGAAGAGCAUUGUACAAUUAUAUUUUUAUGAAAAAUAAAGUAUCUUCACCAAAAUCA